UGUGUGAGACGGAGACAAAUGUGAGCAGAAAAAUACUUAUUUUGGCAUCUUCAGCCUCAGUUAUAAUCCUCACAUGCUGCUCACACACAGAAGACAGGCAUCAUUGUUGCCUCAGUACACCAUGACACAAAGUCAGGAAGUAGAUAAAUGCUGUUGUCUGGAAGCUCCCUGCCUCUUACAUAACAUUGUUAUCAGAAGGAAACACUGUCAGACUCUCCCACAUAGAAGAACUAAAAUAUUCAUGUUCUAUACUCAUGAUACUAUACUGAUGUUUUCAUUAAUUAAUUUGACUUAUUGGAGACACAACAGGAAGUUUUUCUUCGCACUAUUAUUGUUGAAAUAAACCCAACUUUGCCAGAGAAUUUCGAAUGGGUAAACAAGCCCGAUCAUUAACUGAAAAAGAGGAUGUUAAUUUCCCCUCCUGGCUUGGUCAUAAUACACUCAUCAUUUCCUCCACUCAUCUGAGGAAUCUGCUGUGUCUUAAGCUUAGCGUAAAUGACAAAGAGUUAAACAAGGGAGGGGUUAAGAAUGAGAAAGCUUCAGCUGGCUGAGUAUGAAAUACCCAGGGCGUGGUUUUUAAAUUCUUUCCUCAUGCACUCUGAGGGUCUUUGGAUCUAAGAAAAGGCAGAAAAAAACAGUUGUAUGUGCAGAGUAGGCCUUGUGACUAAAGCGAAACAAAUCAGGUUUAAGGCGACUAAAGAAAGUCUUAAGAAUGGCAACACUCAGCAAUGAGGACAAUUUGAAGAAGAGUCCAGACAACUCAGAUGAAAAGGAGGAACUGAAAGAUCCUGCCAUCGAGACGCCUGGCACGCUGCUCCCACAGGAUGUGUUAUGUGACUCCUGCAUGGACAGCCCCAGCAGGGCCCUAAAAUCCUGCCUGACCUGUCUGGUUUCGUAUUGCGAGGCCCAUCUCAGACCCCAUCUGGAAAACACCAAAUUUCAAAACCACCGUCUGGUGGAUCCCCUCCAUGACAUCGACUGUCGGACCUGUGAGGUUCAUCAGCUUCCUCUGGAACGCUUCUGCCUGAUGGAUGGCUGCUGCGUGUGUCUGGACUGUGAGACACAGGAGCACGAGGGGCACAUGACUGCAUCUGUGGGGGAGGCACGCACACAGAUUGAGACUGAGCUGCAGAGGAAACAAGAAGAGAUCAGCCAGGGUGCUUCAGCAGCUAAGAAAGCAAUUGAAAAGUUACAGAGCAACAAUGACUUGAUUAAGUCUUCAGUGCAGGAGGUUUGUGGUAUCCUUGAACAACAGUUUGCCAGGCUGCAGACAACUGUCGAGGAGGCCAGAAAAGGGGCGAUGAAGGUGCUGGAGGGAGAGCAGAAACAGGCGCUCAGACAGGCAGAGGGCAUCCAGGCACAUCUGGAGCAGAGGAGAACAGAGCUGAUGAAAACUUUGGCUCAAAUAAACAAACUGUCCAGGUGCAAGUCUGAUGUUGACUUCCUGCAGGAGUAUUCAGAGUGGAAGAAAGGAGUGGCAGAUGUGUGUCCACCUAGUCCGUACGUCAAUCGCAUGGAUCAUCUAGCCUCUUAUGUCCAGGUAGUGACUGACGCUACACAGGAGCUGUGUGACCUGAUCCUCUCCUCCUACGGGGAAAAACUGACCUUGAUUUGUAAAAGUGGGAAAUCCAAGAUGCCAGAACCUCAACUCUCAUCUCAGCCUGAUCCUGAGACGCGAGAGGACUUCUUGAAAUACACAAGGAGUUUGACCUUUGACCCCAACACCACCCAUCAUUUCCUACGUGUUAAAGACGACAACAGAAAGCUGACCAACACCAGCCCCUGGCAGCACAGCUACCCAGACCACCCCGAUCGCUUUGAAUAUUGGCGUCAAGCGAUGACUUCAGACAGCCUUUACCAGGGGAGACACUACAUCGAAGCAGAGCUGAGUGGUGAAGGUGCGCAUGUAGGAGUCACGUACAGGAGCAUCGAUCGUAAGGGAGAGCAAAGCACCAGCUGCAUCACUGGGAACGACUUUUCCUGGUGCAUGGGAAGAAACAGCCGGGGUUUCUUUGCCUGGCACGCUGGCGUAGAGACGCCCUUGGAUGUCACUGACAUUACAAGAGUUGGCUUAUAUGUGGACUUUUACAGAGGCUCUAUGUCUUUCUAUGAUGUAACUGGUCCUUUGAGGCUGCUCCAUAAGUACAAAGCUGAUUUCAUAGAGCCGUUAUAUGUAACUGCCUGGCUGUCAAAGAAAGACAAUGUAGUUUCUCUGGUUAAUCCAAAAUUAUGACCACUGUGAGAUUACAGAGGAAAAAUAAAUGUUUAUUUAGGUUACACAACAAAGUUGUGUAACAUAUGCAGGAUUUUUUCA